AUCGUCUGCAGUAGAAAUUCACCGUUCAUCUACUUCAUCACUUACAAGCUGACGACGUAUCCGAAAGCAAAAGGACGUUAAGAUUGUCACAUAACGAUUUCGCAAGAUUUUUAUUGAGUAAUAUUUAGUGAGUCGUUGCUAUAUUGUCAAUCAACAUGGAAGAUACAGUGUUUCAGCUUCGAUUCUGUGCCAAACAGUUGGAAAGAAUGAGUAAAAAGGCCGAAAAAGAACAAGCUGUUCAACAAGGAAAAAUUAAAAAAGCUCUCCAACAAGGGAAUGUGGAGGGUGCUAAGAUUUAUGCUGAAAAUGCAAUCCGUAAGAAGAAUGAAGCCCUCAAUUUCCUAAGAAUGGCUUCAAAAGUAGAUGCAGUUCGUUCAAAGGUUCAAACUGCAGUUACAAUGAAGGAGGUUGCAAAGAACAUGGGGAUGGUAGUAAAAGCAUUAGAUAAAGCAGUGAAUACAAUGGAUCUUCAAAAAAUUUCAGCGGUAAUGGAGAAGUUUGAGAGUCAAUUUGAAGAUAUGGAUGUCAGGACUUCUGUUAUGGAGGAUGCAAUGGGUUCUGCAACAACUCUGACGACACCCAAGGAUCAAGUAGAUUUGUUGAUACAACAAGUAGCUGAUGAAGCUGGACUUGAAAUUACUGAUCAGUUGGCUAAUGCUGGUUCCAUCCCUUCUGCAAUUGGAACUCCAUCCAGUGUUGCUUCUAGUGCAAAUGAAGACCAGCUGUCUCGGCGAUUGGCCGCCCUCAGACAGUAAAACUACACACACAUAUAUAUUUUUAAUAAAAUGCCUUGAUUACCUGUCUAACCCUUCCUAAAAUUUUUAAUCACAUUUGAGAAAAUCAUGAUUUAUUAAAACAGAGCCUCAUUUCUUUCCCGUGUACAUUAUAAUUUGCAUAUACUAAUGGCUCUUGUAUGCCAAUUCAUCUUCAUCACACAUUACUUAUUUUCGCCAUGGUUUCUUAUGGUAAUUGCCUUCAAUAGUAACUUCUUAAACUUUCCUUUAGUCUCCUUUGUCUUGAUGAUUUUGAGGAGCAAUGUUGUGUAACGAUAAGUGUCAAACAGAUAUUCGAUCUUUAUCGAAAGUGCAACGUAUUUAUUUACACAUUUCCAACAGAUUUGGAUAAAGUACAAUUAUAAACUUCUUUCUA